AUUGUCUUGGGAAGCUUUCGUCAGCAUCGUUGAUUCAUUGUAUCAUCGUCUUCCAACGAUUUCCGUCACGUCGUCUUUGUGAAUUUGUAAACAGCCUACUUCAGAAAGUGACAUUUUCACAUGCUCGGGCUUGUACUUUGUUGUUUCUGGUGCAAUUUAAAUGUAAAUCAGCUUUAGCGCCGUGAAUUCCAAAUCCAACUUGAUGAUGCACUAUUCAAUAUCUUAAAUCUUUGAAAGAGUUCGUGCAAAUAUUGGAGUGGAUUCGGGGGCUUGGAGAUCAGUAAAAAUCUAUGCAAAAAUAAAGGAGUUGAGAGGCAUCUCCCAUUGGCGUCCGCUUUGGAAAUCUUGUUUUCACGCAGAUGCACGUCGGUUAACCACCGUGUCUUGACGUGAUCAAUUUCUUCUGCAAAAGUUCCUUGUCCGUGUCUGAAUUUUUGUAGCCCGAGUCGGCCGUAUUUUAUGUCGACGGAGCGUGCGGAAGUAGGAUUUGCAGACAGGAAACGCUGUAUUGCUGGCGACUUCUUGAGACUCAUCAAAUGUCCAAGGUCUCCAGUAGCACUCCAUCCCGAUCUCCGUACAAUCUACAAGACACAUGUACCGAGGCUUCAAUUGUGCUUGAACCAAUACAUCCAGUGAUACGUUCGGCUCUGCACUUGGAUUUGCAUCUUGUGUACAUGUACUUCGUCUUUCAUGCCGUGUGUCUUCCGCGCGACAAACGUGAAUUUCGUGCCUCAGACGCUCCGUAGGGGAUUACUAUUCUUUGAGAGUUAUCCUUAAUAUUAACACCCGCAUAAAUAUACAAUCAGGAACGGGCCUACGAUGACAUUCUUCUAAAUUUUAUGACAGUAACAGAUUCUGCUAGAUACCAGUACACUGUGCCUUAGCAACAGAAGCGUUGCUGUGAUUUCUGAAUUUGCGCCACCGUAACUUGACAACAGAACAUCGUAAAUCCACAGCGAAUACGCUUCAAUUUUUUUAAUCAAAUUUUGCUGUUAAAGUCAUCAAAAAGUGGUCACAAAGGCAGAGACUGAGUACUGUAAACUUUUAAAGGAGGCAUAAAGUCUAUCUUUUACCAGCUCUUUGGGAUGUGCCAAACACCAUCUACACGUUCUUCUUGCCAGCCAUCUUUUUUGAAUCUCAAGCAGUUGACGUCUGCAGAACGAGUGAAAAUUUGAACUUUGUGUGCCGAGGUGAAAUUGACACCACAAUACGAUAAUCUAAACAAACCCAACCGGAAAGCAGCUUUGGGAAUCAAAAUGGCCGCCACUGUAGAGAUAAUCCGGGAGUUGAAAUCGUUUGUGAAUAUGAAGGUGGAGGUACCGACCAACUACUGGACCAACACCGAGUUUCAGCAGCGACAGAAGCAGAUUCUGGAUGAGAUAUUCCACUGUCUGAUGAGGGGACUGGUGGACGGAUGUUAUGAUGAGAACGGUUUGAACGCCCUUCACCUGAGUUCCAAAGAGGGUCACCUGAACAUCGUCAAGGAGCUGUUGAAGAGAGGAGCCAAUGUUGACGCUGCCACCAAGAAAGGGAACACCGCCCUCCAUAUCGCAUCUUUGGCCGGCCAGCAGCCGAUUGUGGAGGCUUUGGUAGAACAUGGCGCCAACGUCAACGUACAGUCACAGAUUCGCAAAGACAAACAGAGUCGCCUACAUACUCAGAGCGGAUUCACCCCACUGUACAUGGCUGCCCAGGAGAACCAUGGCGAGGUCGUCAAGUAUCUGCUAAACCACAAUGCCAACCAGAACCUAGCAACCGAGGAUGGCUACACGCCCCUUGCCGUUGCUUUACAACAAGGACACGACAAAGUUGUCGCUGUCUUGCUGGAGAACGACCGUGCUGGGAAAACGCGCCUACCCGCCCUGCACAUCUGUUCUCGACGCGACGACACCAAGGCCGCACUGCUGCUGCUGCAAAGCGGCCAUAACCCGGACAUCACUUCCAAGAGCGGCUUUACACCCCUGCACAUUGCUGCCCACUACGGCCAUGUCAACGUCGCCACCCUGCUGCUGCAGCGUGGCGCAUCCGUGGAUCACGCCGCUAGGAACAACAUCACGCCGCUGCACGUCGCUGCCAAGUGGGGCCGAGUCAACAUGGUCAACACCCUGCUGGAUCGCGGGGCCAGGAUCGACGCCAAGACUAGAGAUGGGUUGACACCCCUCCACUGCUCCGCUCGCAGCGGACAUGACCAGUGUGUGGAUCAACUGCUGGAGAGAGGAGCUCCCAUCUCGGCCAAAACCAAGAAUGGUCUGGCACCCCUGCACAUGGCAGCCCAAGGUGACCACGUAGACAGUGCUCGUCUGCUCCUGUACCACAAGGCGCCAGUUGAUGAUGUCACCGUGGACUAUCUGACCCCACUGCACGUGGCCGGCCAUUGCGGUCACCACAAAGUGGCUAAAUUACUGCUGGAUAGGAAGGCUAACCCUAGCGCCAGGGCUCUGAACGGAUUCACUCCUCUUCACAUUGCCUGCAAGAAGAACCGCGUCAAAGUGAUUGAGCUGUUGCUGAAGUACGGAGCAUCUGUCCAUGCCACUACCGAGUCUGGACUGACCCCACUUCACGUCUCCUCCUUCAUGGGUAACAUCAACAUCGUUGGCUACCUGAUCAACCACGGAGCCAGCGUGGACGAAACCAACGUGCGUGGUGAGACUGCCCUCCAUCUGGCAGCCCGCGCCAACCAGAUCGACAUCAUCCGCGUCCUGCUCCGCAACGGGGCCAAAGUGGACGCCAAGGCCACCGAGAACCAGACCCCGCUGCACAUCGCCGCGCGGCUGGGCAACGUGGAGAUCGUGACGCUGCUGUUAGAGAACGGCGCGUCGCCCGACGCGCAGACCCGGGAUCACUACACGGCGCUGCACAUCGCCGCCAGGGAAGGAAUGGAAGACGUGGCAGCUGUGCUGCUUGAUCACGGCGCAUCGCUCUCCAUGCAAACCAAGAAAGAGUUCACUCCUCUCCACGUUGCUGCCAAGUACGGACGCUUGAAUGUGGCAUCUCUGCUGUUGAGACACUACGCAGCCCCUGAUGCCACAGCUCAGAAUGGCCUGACACCACUUCACAUCGCCGCCCACUACGAUAACGUCGAAGUCGCAAUGCUGCUACUGGAUCAGGGUGCAUCACCCCACACAGUGGCACAGAAUGGCUUCACUCCACUUCACAUCGCUGCCAAGAAGAAUCAGCUCGAUGUAGCCACGACUCUACUGGAGUACGGCGCCGAUCCUAACACCAUGACCAAACAGGGUAUCAGCCCGAUCCAUCUGGCCUCCCAGGAAGGCCAUGUUGAUAUGCUGUCACUGCUGCUGGAGAGAGGAGCUAAACCAGACAUUGCUGCCAAAAAUGGCCUGACCCCUCUCCAUCUGGCUGCUCAGGAGGACCAGCUGGACUGCGCCAAGGUCCUGGUCAAGAACGGCUCCGGUAUCGACCCACGCACCAAGGCUGGCUACACCCCCCUCCACGUGGCCUGCCACUACGGCAACCUGAAGACGGCCGCGUACCUGCUGCAGAACGGAGCGGUCAUCCAAGCCAAGACUAAGCACGGGCUGACACCUCUUCACCAAGCUUCGCAGCAGGGUCACGUGGCCAUUAUCAACCUGCUGCUGACUAAAGGAGCCGACCCUAACGAGACUGCUAACAAUGGCUACACUGCCCUGGCCAUUGCCAAGCGUUUUGGCUACAUCUCUGUAGUCAACACCUUGACGACGGUUACCACAGUGGAGACGACUAUUGUUACAUCGCCAACGGAUGAGAAAUUAAAAGUCCAGGUCCCCGAGACCAUGGUCAUUUCCUUCAUGUCUGAUAACGAAGACGAAGGUCGUCAAUUCUUUGUCUAUAAAGGCCAGCGUAGGCGGAUUUUGUCCUCCCUAGAAUUAGGAAGUCCUGCUGAUGACAUCUCCAUGACUGGGGACAAUUCCUUGUUGACCCCUCAAGAGAUUAAGACCAUGGGAGAUGACUCAAUGCCCAUUGCUAACCGCAAGUCUUGGGAGGAGGAAUGGAUGUCUGGAGAACCGAAUCUGAGAUACUACUCCGGCAGCGACUCUCUGUCGGGUCGUUACAGCACCCCGCAGGGCGGCAAGUAUCGCAGUGCCAUGCUCAGCCCCACAGGCUUUGACUCCCGCGCCAGCACCCUGAACCGCGACAUCCCGCUCAGCGAGGCUGAGGAGACCUUCGUGGACGGCGAGAUGAUCACCCGCACCUCCGAGAUCACGGUCGAGUCGGCCGCCCCACUCAUGUCAUCCAGCCCCGCGAUGCGUCACUCCCUGAACGUGACCACACCCGACGGUAAACGGGUCUCGGUUGGUGAGCCGUUCAUUGAUGAAGACGGGAAGAUACUGGAAGGAAUGGUGUACGGACGGGAUGGGCGUCCCAUAUCCGCUGCUCUGAGUGACAACGCCCCAGUCAACAGCAUUCCUAUCUUUGCUGGCUUCCUGAUCAGUUUCAUGGUCGACGCCCGCGGGGGCACCAUGAAGAGUUGCCGUCUGCCCGGCCUACGCGUGGUCAUCCCGCCCAAGCGCGCCUCGGGACCCACGCGCGUCACCUGCCGACUGAUCAAGAAGAGUAAACUCAGCACGCCGCCACCUCUUCUGGAGAACGAAUCUCUAGCCACGCGAGUCCUCGAGGUUGGACCAUCCAACACGCAGUUCCUUGGUGGCCUUGGCAACAAGCUAGUCCACAGCCCGCCCCUUAACGAUGGCGAGCAACUUGUCAGUGGAAUCAUGGAGUUUGGUCCUCCCGCCGAAAAAUUCAUUGGCCCAGUUCUGAUCGAGGUGCCGCACUUUGCGUCGCUGAGGGGCAAGGAACGCGAGAUCGUCAUCCUACGGAGCGAGAAAGGCGAUACUUGGAAGGAACACUCGUUGGACGCCAAGGACACAGAGGUCCACAAGGCCUUGGAGGGAUAUGAAGGGGACGAUGACAACAAUGUGAACUCAGACAGGCGCAUUUGUCGCAUCGUCACCAACGACUUCCCCCAGUACUUUGCAAUCAUCUCCCGCGUCCGCCAGGAAACCAAUACGAUCGGCACUAACGGUGGCAUGCUCAGCUCCACCGUCGUACCUCAAGUCCAGGCCGUGUUCCCCGAGGGCACGCUGACCAAGAAGAUCAAAGUGGGCUUGCAGGCCCAGCCAGUCAGCAAUGAAGUGGUCAAGAAAGUCCUGGGUAACCGCGUGAUGGUCAGUCCCAUCGUGACCAUCGAACCACGUCGACGUAAAUUCCACAAGGCCAUCACCGUGACAAUCCCUAUCCCCAACAACCAAGGAAUCAUCAAUGGUUACGGUGGGGACACGCCUACGUUGCGAUUGCUCUGCAGUAUCACAGGUGGCACUGCACCAGCCCAAUGGGAGGACAUCACAGGCACCACGCCGCUGACAUUUGUGGACAACUGCGUCUCCUUCACGACUACAGUCUCUGCAAGGUUCUGGCUGAUGGACUGCAAGGAGAUAGACCAAGCCAGCAACUUUGCCCGGGAGCUGUACCACGAGCUCAAGUCCGUACCCUUCAUGGCCAAGUUUGCCAUCUACGCCAAGACCCACGAUCCCAUCGAGUCGCGAGUCCGUGUCUUCUGUGUGACCGACGACCGGGCUGACAAGACGCUGGAACAGCAGGAACAGUUCAAGGAGGUGGCUCGCAGCAAGGAUGUUGAGGCGCUAGAAGGCAAACCAAUCUACGUUGAGAUGGCCGGUAACCUGGUCCCGGUCCAGAAAUCUGGGGAUCAGCUUCACCUUCUCUUCUCUCCCUUCCACGAGAAUCGCUUGCCGUUCUUCGUCCGCGUCCGAGACUCGGCCACGGAGCCUUGCGGCCGUCUGUCCUUUAUGUCAGAGCCCAAGAUCAGCCGGGGUAUGCCUCCGCAGAAGGCCCUGUGCAACCUCAACAUCACAAUGCCUCCCUUCGUCAAGGUCAAACGGCCGAGCGAAAGCGAGUCGGAGAGUGAAAGCAGUGAGGAGGAGUACAGAAUGGAAAAAGGCGAGAGGGAACAGUAUUCCCAGCAGAAAGAAGGGAAAACUCACAUUACUCAGAUCUACUCACUAACCCGUGUGGAUGAGUACCCGAAGGAUGAGGCCGCGAGUAAUCUCAACUUUGCAUCCAUCAAACUACGCAAGAGGUAUACCUUCCUCCAGGACCCCACAAUGAGUCCGACAAGUGCCCACUCUAGGGCCGAGAUUCGUCUGAUGCAGGUCGCCAAGGAGAUUGGCACCGACUGGCGGGCAUUAGGUCGUCAGCUGGGAGUCAGCGAGAAGGACUUGCAGGAGAUUGAGAAUGAAAACGACGAGAUUGAGGAGCAGGCCUUCGUCAUGCUGCACACGUGGGCUGAAAAGGCCAAGGAAGAUGCCACAACCGACAAACUAGCAGAUGCACUCCACGACAUCGGCCGGGGCGACGUAGCCAACAAGUGUCUCUCAGAUUACGCUGUCAUGGACGUCUCAAUAGAUCGGGAGGAAGACACGUCUGACCUUCUCAGGGACGUGGAGCGGGCCAUGUACGAAGCCAGCUUGAAACACGAUGAUGACAAACACAAGCCAGGGGUCACCAUUGACAUCACAGGGGACGACGGAGGGGCGUUCCGCGAAUUGCAGGACGAAAUCAAAGCAGAUCAGGAUGCGGACGGCUACAGCCGAAAAAUAGUGAAAGAGGUCCAUCGCACUGUAACAACGAGGACCGAAGUCCGCACCGAGAGACGGGUUCCCUCUGAUAUUGAGAACGCUGUGAAGGAACAAGCUAAGGACGAAGUCGCUGAAAGUUUGAUCAAGGAAUUAAAAGAGGAGGCUAUAGCUGCUGGAAUACCAGAGGUCUCAGCCACAGGUGCAUGUGAUUUUAGUGAUUUAUUCAAUGCUUUGAAUCUCAGCCAGGAUGCCGGAGCAGCUGAGCUUUAUGAGGAGAUGAAGGAAGAGAUUUUGGAGAAACAUGAGGAGGAGAGACGGGAGAUGCAGUUUGAGCCGACGGUGGACGUACUUGAAGAAAGCCAAGAGGAAGACAGACAAACUCCAACCGAAACCAAGGCCCUGCCUGGAGAUUCAACACAAACAUUCCCAACCCGAACGGUUGUGGUUGAGCAGACUCACAUAGUACGAACCCAGGCGGUGGCCGACGGUCGUAAAGACGGCCCGGUCGAAUCCGAGUCCGAGUCCUCCGCGGAGACUGAGAUCUACGUCGGUCCUGAUGAUGCUAAGACAAAGACCACCACGACCACCACCGUGACUGAGAAGUACUCUUACACUGAGAAGCAUGCCCCGGUUCGUAUCGAGGUUGAUGAGGUCCCAGAUCGGAAAUCCGAUCCUGAUAUCGAUGAGUACAUGGUGGUGACUACCCAACCGGAUGAGGUCAUAGAAGCCACAAAGACGGCUGAUGAGGAAGGCAUCAAUCCUCACUACGACGUCGGACCCGACUCGGUCUCUGAAGAGAUCAUCACCACUGACACUGUUCCUGAGGUCGAAGGAAUCAACCCUCACUAUGAGAUGCAGCCUGAUUCUGUUGAGGAGCCUGCGAUCUCCACUACGUCUGAAUCUACCGUCCAGGGCAUCAAUCCUGACUUGAUCUGCGAUCCUGAACCUCUAGACGACUCGUCUAGGAUCUGUGGGCCUGAUCUGACCGAUAACAAGUACAGUGUCAACCAUGGAGCACAGGCAUUUGACGAAAGCCCCAUCUCCCCGCUGGGUCAUGAGGUGGGAAUCUCCACGUACACCACGUCCUUCCAUCAGGUCACAGUGCGCACCGGUUUAGAAUCCAGCCCUGAAACCGACCGUUCCGAAUCCGACUUUCCCCACGGCCCUUCGUCUGAGGUCACUAUCGCUGAGUCUGCCACACAACCCAGGCGACAACCCUCUACACCCCUAGAAAGUUACGCUGAGUUUCUAGCAGAACAGUUACUUAAAGAUGUCAAAGAAGAGCUUCCCCAACCUAAGGACGAACCGCAGGAGAAAUUGGUUGAACAGGUAGAGGCCAAGACUAGACAAGGAGGGGAGAGUGUGGCGGAAACCCCUCAGGAGCAAGAGGAACCAUCAGUGGAACCAGCUCCAUCACAGGAACCAGAAGCAGCUAUCCAUGACAGCACCGUGUUCCGAGAGCAAACGAUAACUACAACCACAACCAAAAUAACCAAGAGAGUGAGAAUUACAGAGGAAGGGGUGCCAGAUGUGUCAGAAGUGACUUCUACAGUGAUUUCCGUGAGCAAAGAUGCUCACGAGGAGCCUGUGGAUAUUCCAAGAGAAGAGGAAAUUCAGGAAGCGGUUGUCCAAGAAGAGGUUCCUGUUAUACAGACGAAGGAGGAAUUUGAAGAAGCAGAGAAAGAGAUGGAGCAUGUUGAAGAAGAACCUUCGGAAGAGGUUCUAAAGGAACCCAAAGAGGUAGAGCAGGAGGAGGUAAUUGAGCAAAGGGAAGCUAGCCCAGAGCCUGAAGAAGAACCAGAACCUAUAUUAGAACCAGAACCGGAAGCUAAAGAGCCAGAACCCGAAGUAGAACCAAAACCUGAAGAAGAACCAGAACCCGAAGAACCUGAUGUAGCUAGUGAUCUCCAAGAGGAAAUUCCAGAAGAAGACAUUCGUGAACAACCAGAGACCAAACUGGAAGUGCCACCAGAUAUGGGAGCUGAUGUUCUGGUGCAGACAACUGUACAUAAAACUGAGACAAUUGUUCACAGAGAGGUCAUUCAUUUGACCUCCCGGGCAGAAGAACAGCCCGAAGAAAUUAUAUAUGCUGAAAAGCCUGAACCACUUGAAGAGGUGACGUUGGAAGAAGAGAGAAUUGAGGAACAAGCUGUGCUGGAAGAAGUUACACCGGAAGUGGUCCCUGAAGAAUUGGAAGAAGAAAUUGUUCAAGAGGAAGCUUAUCAAGAGCCAGAGCCAGAAGAGGAGGUAGUUGUGGAGGAGGAAAGACUUGAGGAAGAAGCUGCCCCUAAAGAAGCUGCCCCAGAAGUCAUUCCUGAGGAGGAACUUACACCAGUGGACACCUACAAAGAACCAGAGCAAGAACCUGAAAGGCCAGAAGAGCCAGAAGAAGAGGUAUAUGUGAAAAAGGAACAUAUUCAGGAAGAAGCUGCCCUUGAAGAGGAUGAUCAAGAAGUUAUUCCAGAGGAGGUAAUUGCACCAGUGGAAGCCUACAAAGAGCCAGAACAAGUACCUGAAGAUGUUGCUGAGGUGGUUCAAGAGGAUGAGAGAAUAGUUCACACAGAGACUCACAUCAGUGUCCAGCAAACCAUAGUUCAGUCCACUGUCAGCUAUGUUCCUCACGAAGAGGUGAAAGAAACUAAAAAAGAGGGACCUGAAGAAGAGGUGCUUCGGCAGGAAGAGAUUCAAGAGCCAGCAAUUGAAGAAGAAGAGAGAGUUGAGGAAGAAGAAGCUCCAGAAGAUGUUUUAGAACAAGAAGAGGAAAUUGUAGUUGAGAAAACUUAUGAGGAGCCAGAGCCAAAACCAAAACAAGAAGAGGUUGUCAUGGUAGAGAAAACAAUUGAGGAAGAAGCUGCACCAGACAUUCUUCCUGAAGAAGAGGAGCCUGUGCAAGAACCUGAAGAACAGGUUGUUGAAGAAGAGCAAAAAAUGGAAGAAGCUGCACCGGAAGAAGAGGUUGCCCCGGAUGUUGUUCCUGAGGUAGAGGAAGUAGCACCAGAGGAAAUCUAUGAGCAAGAACAAGAAACAGAGGUAGUCAUGCAAGAGAUAAGAAUGGAGGAAGAAGCUGCUCCUGAAGAAGAAGUUGAACAAGAAACCCUUCCAGAACAAGAAAUACAGGAGGAAGUUGUUACUGAACCAGAUCAAGAAUCAAAGGAAGAGGAACAUGUAGAGCAUGUGGCUCCUGAAGUUGAAGAUGUUUCUCAGGUGGUUCAAGAUGAGGAGAAAAUAGUUCACACAGAAACUCAUAUCAGUGUCCAGCAAACCAUUGUUCAAUCUACGGUCAGCUAUGAUCUUCACGAAGUGGUGGAAGCAUCCGAAGAAGAGGUUCUUCCACAGGAAGAGGUUCCAGAGCCAGCAAUUGAAGAAGAGGAGAGAAUUGAGGAAGAAGUAGCUCCAGAAGACGUUUUAGAAGAAGAAGAGGUUGUCAUGGUAGAGAAAACAAUUGAGGAAGAAGCUGCGCCAGACAUUCUUCCUGAAGAAGAGGAGCCUGUGCAGGAACCUGAAGAACAGGUAUUCGAAGAAGAGGAAAAAAUGGAAGAAGCUGCACCAGAAGAAGAGUUUGCCCAGGAGGUUGUUCCUGAGGUAGAGGAAGUGGCACCAGAGGAAAUCUAUGAGGAAGAACAAGAAACGGAGGUAGUCAUGCAAGAGAUAAGAAUGGAGGAAGAAGCUGCUCCUGAAGUAGUUGAACAAGAAGCCCUUCCAGAACAAGAAAUACAGGAGGACGUUGUUACUGAACCAGAUCAAGAACCAAAGGAAGAGGAACAUGUAGAGCAUGUGGCUCCUGAAGUUGAAGAUGUUUCUCAGGUGGUUCAAGAUGAGGAGAAAAUAGUUCACACAGAAACUCAUAUCAGUGUCCAGCAAACCAUUGUUCAAUCUACGGUCAGCUAUGAUCUUCACGAAGUGGUGGAAGCAUCCGAAGAAGAGGUUCUUCCACAGGAAGAGGUUCCAGAGCCAGCAAUUGAAGAAGAGGAGAGAAUUGAGGAAGAAGUAGCUCCAGAAGAAGUUUUAGAAGAAGAAGAGAUAGAAAAGGAAGAGGAAAUUGUAGUAGAGAAAACUUAUGAGGAGCCAGAACUAGAACCAAAACAAGAAGAGGUUGUCAUGGUAGAGAAAACAAUUGAGGAAGAAGCUGCGCCAGACAUUCUUCCUGAAGAAGAGGAGCCGGUGCAAGAACCUGAACAGGUAUUCGAAGAAGAGGAAAAAUUGGAAGAAGCUGCACCAGAAGAAGAGUUUGCCCAGGAGGUUGUUCCUGAGGUAGAGGAAGUAGCACCAGAGGAAAUCUAUGAGGAAGAACAAGAAACGGAGGUAGUCAUGCAAGAGAUAAGAAUGGAGGAAGAAGCUGCUCCUGAAGAAAAAGUUGAACAAGAAACCAUUCCAGAACAAGAAAUACAGGAGGACGUUGUUACUGAAUCAGAUCAAGAACCAAAGGAAGAGGAACAUAUAGAGCAUGUGGCUCCUGAAGUUGAAGAUGUUCCUCAGGUGGUUCAAGAUGAGGAGAAAAUAGUUCACACAGAAACUCAUAUCAGUGUCCAGCAAACCAUUGUUCAAUCUACGGUCAGCUAUGAUCUUCACGAAGUGGUGGAAGCAUCCGAAGAAGAGGUUCUUCCACAGGAAGAGGUUCCAGAGCCAGCAAUUGAAGAAGAGGAGAGAAUUGAGGAAGAAGUAGCUCCAGAAGAAGUUUUAGAACAAGAAGAGGUUGUCAUGGUAGAGAAAACAAUUGAGGAAGAAGCUGCGCCAGACAUUCUUCCUGAAGAAGAGGAGCCUGUGCAAGAACCUGAAGGACAGGUUGUUGGAGAAGAGGAAAAAAUGGAAGAAGCUGCACCGGAAGAAGAGUUUGCCCAGGAGGUUGUUCCUGAGGUAGAGGAAGUGGCACCAGAGAAAAUCUAUGAGGAAGAACAAGAAACGGAGGUAGUCAUGCAAGAGAUAAGAAUGGAGGAAGAAGCUGCUCCUGAAGUAGUUGAACAAGAAACCCUUCCAGAACAAGAAAUACAGGAGGACAUUGUUACUGAACCAGAUCAAGAACCAAAGGAAGAGGAACAUAUAGAGCUUGUGGCUCCUGAAGUUGAAGAUGUUUCUCAGGUGGUUCAAGAUGAGGAGAAAAUAGUUCACACAGAAACUCAUAUCAGUGUCCAGCAAACCAUUGUUCAAUCUACGGUCAGCUAUGAUCUGCACGAAGUGGUGGAAGCAUCCGAAGAAGAGGUUCUUCCACAGGAAGAGGUUCCAGAGCCAGCAAUUGAAGAGGAGGAGAGAAUUGAGGAAGAAGUAGCUCCAGAAGAAGAAGAGAUAGAAAAAGAAGAGGAAAUUGUAGUAGAGAAAACUUAUGAGGAGCCAGAGCCAGAACCAAAACAAGAAGAGGUUGUCAUGGUAGAGAAAACAAUUGAGGAAGAAGCUGCGCCAGACAUUCUUCCUGAAGAAGAGGAGCCUGUGCAAGAACCUGAACAGGUAUUCGAAGAAGAGGAAAAAAUGGAAGAAGCUGCACCGGAAGAAGAGGUUGCCCAGGAGGUUGUUCCUGAGGUAGAGGAAGUGGCACCAGAGGAAAUCUAUGAGGAAGAACAAGAAACAGAAGUAGUCGUACAAGAGGAAAGAAUUGAGGAAGAAGUUGCUCCUGAAGAAGUUGAACAAGAAACCCUUCCAGAACAAGAAAUACAGGAGGACGUUGUUACUGAACCAGAUCAAGAACCAAAGGAAGAGGAACAUAUAGAGCAUGUGGCUCCCGAAGUUGAAGAUGUUUCUCAGGUGGUUCAAGAUGAGGAGAAAAUAGUUCACACAGAAACUCAUAUCAGUGUCCAGCAAACCAUUGUUCAAUCUACGGUCAGCUAUGAUCUUCACGAAGUGGUGAAAGCAUCUGAAGAAGAGGUUCUUCCACAGGAAGAGGUUCCAAAGCCAGCAAUUGAAGAAGAGGAGAGAAUUGAGGAAGAAGUAGCUCCAGAAGAAGUUUUAGAACAAGAAGAGGUUGUCAUGGUAGAGAAAACAAUUGAGGAAGAAGCUGCGCCAGACAUUCUUCCUGAAGAAGAGGAGCCUGUGCAAGAACCUGAAGAACAGGUUGUUGGAGAAGAGGAAAAAAUGGAAGAAGCUGCACCAGAAGAAGAGUUUGCCCAGGAGGUUGUUCCUGAGGUAGAGGAAGUGGCACCAGAGAAAAUCUAUGAGGAAGAACAAGAAACGGAGGUAGUCAUGCAAGAGAUAAGAAUGGAGGAAGAAGCUGCUCCUGAAGUAGUUGAACAAGAAACCCUUCCAGAACAAGAAAUACAGGAGGACAUUGUUACUGAACCAGAUCAAGAACCAAAGGAAGAGGAACAUAUAGAGCUUGUGGCUCCUGAAGUUGAAGAUGUUUCUCAGGUGGUUCAAGAUGAGGAGAAACUAGUUCACACAGAAACUCAUAUCAGUGUCAAGCAAACCAUUGUUCAGUCUACAGUAACCUAUGAUCUUCAUGGGGAGUCGAAAGCAACUGAAGAAGAGGCAUCUGAAGAAGUUGUGCUUCCAGAGGAAGAGAUUCCAGAGCCAGCAAUCGAAGAAAAGGAGAGAAUUGAGGUAAAGGAAGAGGAAACUUUUGAUGAGCCAGAACCAGAAGAGGUUGUCAUGGAAGAGAAAAUAAUUGAGGAAGAAACUGUGCCAGAAGUUCCUUAUGAAGAAGAGGAACCUGUGCAAGCACGUGAAGAGCAGGUGGUUGAAGAAGUGGAAAAACUGAAAGAAGCUGCACCUGAAGAAGAAGUUACCCCUGCGGCAGAGGAAGUUGCACCAGUGGAAAUAUCUGAACAAGAAACAGAAGAUGUAGUCAUGAAAGAGGAAAGAAUUGAGGAAGAAGCUGCCUCUGAAGAAGUUGAACUGGAAACCCUUCCAGAACAAGAACUGCAUGAGGAAGUGGUAACGGAACAAGAUCAAAAACCACAAGAAGAAGAACAUAUGGAAGAUGUGGUUUCUGACGUUGAAGGCGUUCAGGUGCUUCACGAGGAGGAGAAAAUAGUUCACACAGAAACUCACAUCAGUGUCCAGCAAACCAUAGUUCAAUCCACUGUCAUCCAUGAUCGUCAUGAAGAGGCAAAGGAAACUGAAGAAGAGGCACACGAAGAAGUAGAGCCAGAACAAGAACAAGAAGGAGUAAUUGUGGAAGAGGAAAGAAUUGAGGAAGAAGCUGCUCCAGAAGUUCCCUUGGCUGAGGAAAGUGCACCGGAGGAAACCUAUGAAGAGCAAGAGCAAAAACCUGAAGAGCCAGAAGAUGUUAUUAUGGAAGCGGAGAGAACUGAGGAAGAAGCUGUGUUGGAAGAAGUGACCAAAGAAGAAGCUGCACCAGAAGUUCCUGCUGAGGAAGAGGAGGAAGUUGAACCAGAAGAAACCUUACUGGAACCUGUGCAAGAACCCGAAGAACAGGUUAUUGUGGAAGAGGAGAGAAUAGCUGAAGAAGCUGCCCCAGAAGUUCUUAAAGAAGAGGAAGUAGUACCAGAAGAAACAUUCCAAGAACUAGAACAAGAGCCACAGCAAGAGGUAGUUGUGGAAGAGGAAAGAAUUGAAGAGGAAGAAGAGGCACCAGAAGGGGAAGAGAAAGAAGAUGUCCAGGAACCACAAAAAGUUGAAACAGAAAGUGAUGAAGUGAUUGACCAAGAGCCUGAAGAAGAACCCAAAGAAGACCAAACAGAAAUAUUAGUAGACACCCAAAAAACUAUCCACAUGGAAACACAUACCAUUGUGCAGCAGACUGUUGUGAAGACCAUUGUUUCAGAGGUUCAUCACGAGCAUCAGCAGCCUUCACUUCCAGAUGAGGAGGACAUUCGAGAAGAAAUUCAGGAGCCAGGUGAAAUUGCAGUAGUUGCAACUGAAAAAGAGCCCACUAAAGAAGUUGAGGAGUUUGAAGACCAAAGAGAUGAAGAGCAGCUGCAAGAAGAAUCUGUCUUGGAGGAUGAAGAUGUUGGAGAUGUAGAUGAACAGGAAGACGUUCUAAAAUCUGUAGAAGAAUCAAUGGAAGAUCAACAAGAACAAGAACUGACCCCUGAGGCUAUUGCUGAGGCAGAAUUGGGAAUUGCUAGGGAAAUCAGAGUAGUUGAGCAAAGUGUCUCAGUUCACAGGCUGGUUGAGAGCAUUGAAGCAAAGGAGCAAGAACUGGAUCAGCCUGAUGUGGAUUAUGAGGAAACAGAAGAAACCCAUGCAGAACAGGAAGGAGAACUGGAACCAAAAGAAAUGGAACCAGUAGAAGAACCAGAAGAAAGUGCAGAGAUAGUUGAAGCAGAACCAGCAGAAGAACCUGUUGAACAAAUUGUGGAAGAAUUUCCAGAGGAACCUGAAGAGGAAGAGGUUGAGAAGGAAGCGGCAGCUGAACCUUUUACAGAGGAGAAGCUUGAAGAAACCCAGGAACAGGUUGAAAGUGAGGCUGUGUUUAGUUAUGAUGUUGAUCAUGUGGAUGGCGAAGAGAAACCAGCAGAAGAUGAAGAGGACAAUGAUGAAGUUCUUGACGACAUUCCAAGAUCACCAUUUCCACAGUUGGAGAAACCAGAAGAAAAGACGAAACAUGAGCCUGUCUUGGAUGAAGAUGAUAACCCGGAGGAAGUCGAUGAGUACUUGUAUGAGGAAUAUUCUGCUGAGGGUGGCAUCUCUGAGGAUGCCGACAUUGAAGAUAACUUAAUUGAGGAGAAACCAGAGGACACUGAAAGACCUCAUACUCCAGAGAUUCUUGAUAUCACAGAAACAUACUCGAGCCAAAGCUAUAUGCACCUACAAGAAGAAAGUAUUGCAGUCAUUGAAUCUCCUUAUACACCGGAGAUGACACCAAGAGGCGAAGACAGUGACAAAGAAGAUGGCAGACUGAGCCCGGAUAUUGAAACAGAAGACCGUCGAUCCAGCUUGGAGGUCAUCCAAAUGGAAGAAAAGUAUUUAGUACAAACACCAUCUGGCGAAACCUCUCUCAGAGAUGAUGGUGAGAAACUGGAAGAAGAGCAUGAAAUUAUCCAAGAAACUGAGACCUUUGAACAGGAGUUUGUGCCUCCUCCAGUAGACCUUGCAUUUGAGGAGCAGAAACUCCGAGAAGAGGAUGAACUACUCUUACCCCAGACACCAGAAAUCACCCCAAUCCCAGACUCACCGAUUGAAUCUGAUGGAGAAUUGAAGGAAGUAGCAUUCUCUGAACAAGAAGAGCACAUCUUAGAGACUCCUCAAGAUCUUGAUCUCAAGCAGCAGACAGAGCAGUAUGAGACCCUCCAGACGCCAGAAAUUCAAGAACUGCCAGACACACCUGAAUCUUUACCAGAACCAAUUCCUAUUUGCGAAGACGAGGCCCAAGAUGACUUUGAAGAGCAGCUACAGGAAGAACAACAUGUCCCUGAAGAGCAAAGAGAAGAAGAACCCAUCGAAGAAGAGGUUCAGUUGGUUGAUGGUCCAACAGAGCAGGAUUACUAUGACCCCAACCUCCUUGUUGCACCUGCUUCUGCUCAAAUUCUAGAACCUCUAGAAGAACAAGAAGCUAGGUCACAAACCCCUGAGGAGGAGCAGCAAGAAUCCCAAGUAGAAGAGGAGGAACUAGAGGAAGAGAGAGAAGUGGAAGACAUAGAGCCAGAGCAUGAACAAGAGGCUCAACCAAAAGAGGAGCAACCAUUUGAAGAACCAAAAGAGGACUUGCAGCCACUGACACCUCUACCGUCCCCCGAAGAUGAGGCACAAGCUGCUGCCCAGAGAAGUGAGAUGUUGGAGAGCAGCGAUAUCCAAGCCCGACUUGAAGAAGAAAUAAGGGAGGACCAUCUCUCAGAAGUGACCACGACUGUACAGGAGUCUUCAUACUCCCAGACUACUGUGAUAACACAUGAGUCUACUGUCAUCAUUGGAGGAGAGCCUUCUGAUGAAGCAGCUGAUUCCAUAACUCUUCCCGGAGAGCCCCAGCCCGUCUCAGAAUCGGAAGGUCAACUUCCAUCUCCGGAUGAGGAGGAAGAAUCUCACAAGCCGCCUCCGCACAAGCUGGCUCCUCCUCCAGGACAGGAAGUUGAGGAAAAGGGUGACGAGGUGGACAGCCCAACAAAACCUGUGGCAGUUGCAGUUGUCGGAGGUACUGCCAUAGCUAGCUUUGGAGAGUUCCAAUCUCGAGAUCGUGAGCCAUCAGAAGAUUCAGAGAUUGAGGAUGAUCUGGAAGAAAAAGCUGUUGAAGAAGAUGAAGGGAUGUAUGAAGAAGACGUUCCCAGGGAUGAUGUUCUAGCUUCAGAUGAAGGGGACGUUGACGGGGAAACAAUCAAAGCAGAUGAAGAAGUGCCAGUCUCAGAACCUCAAGAAGAGGAGGAAAUUAUAGCCGAUGAUCGAAUCGAAGAGCAAGAGUUUGUAGGGAAGCAGGAAGAAAUAGAGUUUGAAGAAGAAGGCGUGCAAGAGUCUCAAGAUGAAACAUACCAGGAGAAAGAGGUGCAAGAGCUAGAAGAAUGCCCUCUGGGUGAAGAACAAGUUGAGGAUCAGACUCCUUUAGAGACUACUGAACACACACAAGUCAGCACUUUCACUGAAUCCUCAGAGGUCACAACACGUACCGUGUAUGCCGAGGUGCACCAUGAGAGGGUUGUGGUAGCCAGUACCCAGGCUGGAGUGGAGUCUACUUUGGAGGAGCAGGAUCAAUCGGAGACAAGCUUUCACAGAGAGCCGCCAAUCGAUGAGCAGUUUGAAGCAGCUGACAGACCAGACGUGCCGGAGGAGAAGCCCAGGGCUACCCAAGAGGACCUUGAUGCCUUAGCCGACGCCUUCAAUGAAUUCAGCAUGCCAACGUUUGAAGAUGAAGACGAGCCCGAAUCUUACAAACCAGUGAACGGCGAAGCCGAGGAGGAGCAACCAAUCCAAGGACAUGACAUCAGCACGGAGGAGUCGGCCCCGCCCACAAGACGCCAAGAGGAGGCGGGACCUAGCAUCCUGACGCCUGACGACGAGAGAGAGCUACAAGAACUCUGGGAGCUGACUCAAGAAAUGCCAGAGAAUGCUUCAUUAGAGUUUACCCCAGUCGCCCAGGCUGCCCCUGUGGUACAGUCCUCGGCUCCCGUUGUGGAGCUAGCGCCAGACUCGGAUCGUUACGACGGCGACUCCUCGCCUGAGGAACGUCGGUUCUCAGACAGUCCACUGAGUAGCGCGUCGGAUGACAGACAAGGUGAAGACGCAGAUGCUGGCCCCCCUGAGCCCAAAACUCCUGAAAUCACUGACUGGGACGAAAACCCUCUUUCCCAGAAAGAGAAUCUGCCCAAGAUAUCCACAGAGCCGACCGUCGAGUUCCCUCCCGACAUCCAGGAACCGGGCGAGGCAAACGGAGACCGACCGUACCAAUACGAAGCCCAGCCAACCCAGGCACCGGAAGACCAGCCUAGCGAUGCUGUCUCCAAACCGACAGUGUCAGAUCCCAGCGAGGAUGUCCAAGAGAUCGUGGAGGAGUUUGAAGAGGAGCUGCCGGACGGUACAAUCCGGAAGGUGACCAAGAAGAGAAUCAUCCGUCGCGUCAUGCAGACUGUUGAGGUGGAUCCUAACGAUCCAAACUUUGUCAUGCCGCAGGGAGAAGCUGAUGCUGACGGAGUACACAGGAUCACAGUCCACAAGAAGACGAGUCGUAAGACCGUCAUCCGAGACGGAGAGGAAGUCGACACGACAGAGGACGUGCAGACCAACAUCGAAGAGGACGGCGAAGAGGUAGAUUCCAGCGAGCUGAGAGAAGACCUGCAGAAGAUGGUGGAUCAGUUUCUGCUAGAAGACGGCAAGAAGGAAUCCGAGCAGGUCGUGGAAGAUCCGGAAGAAUCAGAAAUUUAAAUUGUCGUCUCGUCCAGCGACACAUCCUUACAGAGAGCGUUUGUAAAAAAAAAAAAAUGUUUCAGAGAUCACCUGACAAUGUCGAAACAAAAUGGCUGACUUUUUAAUAAAAUACCCCUGGCCUGGUGCGGUCUUAAAAAUCUGCGCACAUGAUGGACUUCUCUGUUGGAUUUGACAUAAAUUUGGACUAUAAAUUGAACGUUUUUAUCAUCAAGAAAAUGUUUAUCUUCAAAGUUCUUCUAUCUUCCUUUUUUAUUUUACAAUAGGGUUAAUACAAGGGGAGUAAACAUUUGAUAGGUAUCGGUAGAUGAGAAAACAAUUCUAAUAGUAAUGUUUCACAAUUGUGUAUUUUCUUUACUUAUUGGGAUUUCGCGGCAGUUUUAUUCUAUGUAGAUUUGUUCCAGAUCUUAACCGGCUAUCAAGCACUGUGACAUUGCAAUUUGUGUCCCUGUAUAAGACAUGUUAGCUGGUGUAGUUCAUAGUUAAUGUAAAAAUAAAUCAGUUACCAUAUAUGGAAGAAUUGAAAAAGGUUAAAUUAAGCGUUGAUAUCAAGUUACUACUUUGUAACAAUGGUUAAAAUGUACAAAAAAUUUGGUGUUAGAAAAAAAGAAUAUGUAUUAAUCUGCAUUUGGAUUGUGGGGCUGGGAUACUACAGCCAAAGAUUUAAACAUUCAUAUCGUUAAGUCUUGCUCAAUCUUGUGAUGUAACAUUGCGAAAGAUGGCAAUUAAAAAUUGGCGUUAUCUUCUAAUGAGUUUUUCCUACCGUCGUGUCACUACACACUAUAUAACCAGUGUUCAUCCUGUUGUAAAAGUGGAUAAUUGUUGUGCACAUCUUUGUGUCUCACAUUUUUUUUGUGGUUUUUUUUAUUAUCGUGGUAAAGUUACUCAAAUUGACUGGACCUAUUUUCUGUGACACUGUUGGAAUUGAGAUAUGAUGUUUUACCAACGUACCCGAUUUUCAAGAUAUAAUUUGUACUUUUUGUAUGCUGACAGUGUUGAUGUCGUAAACCCUGAGAUAAUUAAGGUGUUUUCGAAAUUAAUAAAAAAAUAAAUAGAAGUUUGUUUAUCUGAUAGAGGUAAAUGACAUGAUUUUGGUUGAAAACAAUUGCUUAGAGCGAUUGGAUAGUGAGGAAAUACAUGGUGAUAAUUACUGGAUUUUUUUCUUAAUAUUUAAAUAACUUGGAAUGUUGGAUUCAGUUUUUGUUUGAUUUCAUGUGCGUCAUUUUGAUGGUCUUUAAAACAGAGUAGACUUCUUCGGGAGAAAUUACUGUGAUUUUUUGUUUUCCGUAGGACUACCAGUUGUAGAUAUUUAGUUGCAGUCGGUUGACUUUCCUAAUGAGCGGUUUGUGAAAAUUUGAUGAAGAAAAAUGACGCCGAAAAAAAGAUAUGGAUGUGCUCAUUGUAAAACAACACAAAGGAAUUGUAAAUUGUGUUUUCUAUUUUAAUUUGAGGAAAGUAGUUGAUCGUUCUGAAUUAAUUUUUGAUUAUUUGGUUUGGUUUUUGUUUGUUUUGUGUUUUGGUUGGGAUUUUCUGAAGUAAUCAAAUAGGUCGUGAACGACCAGGUGUAAAGUUUGUUGGUUUUGUGUUUGCCAAGUUAGUGAAAUAAAAAAAAAAACCUAAUAAAGGUUUAAGAUUGUGUUUAAAACAAAUAUGUAAGAUAAAUGCAUUAUAAUGAAUCGUGUAAUGAUUGGGGUUAGUAACGCUAGUCAAUGGCUCGUCUAGAUGUAUUAUAUGCAGGUGUGUUUUGUGGCAAGAGUGUAGUAAUAGCCAUUCAUUGUGGUACAACACAGACAACAUAGCAUGAUGCAUAUUAGAACUCACUCCAAUAGAUGCAAGUAGUUCCAAGCAUAUUUCAUAGUUGACCAGCAUUUUAAAUCAACUAUAUUUCAGUAGAUUUCAGUAGCGCGUUCGUUUUUCAGCUUUAUAUUUUGUUUUCCUUGUCAAAUUUCACAUUGAAAGCCUGUUCCUCUGAUGCAUACCGUAAUUCUUCUCUUGCAAUGUUUUUAAAGCAUGUUGAAAUACAAAGUAAUUAUUAUCCAGUUUUAAAAGUGAUAGCGAUUGUUAAACGAAACUAUUAAUAUCAGCUAUAAAAAUAAUCAGACGGUAUAUUUGACGUAUUGAGGCAGUACUUGUGAGAAACUUGUGGUAUUUUUCUUUUAUCACAGCGCAGAGGAUUCUUAUAAAAUUGUAAAAGCAUAUCAGAUUUUAACAAAGUGUAGCGUGUACCUGUAUGUAACGCCUAUUUCCGUAAUUUCAAAAUGGGUUACUGGGGGGGGGGGGGGAUUUUGGGAUGCAUAACAGUAAGUGUAGAAGAUGCGUAUCAGUAGCAGCAGCUGUAGAUUUCAAGUGCAACCUUUCUAAAGGCUUGUUGGAUGAUCCCAAAAUUCGAUAUCCAUGCCUGUCAUAUUUACUAUUACUAGGAAUAGAAGAAAACGGACGUUCCGAUGAAAAGGGUCUUGGAAAAUAAGUCUUGAAAUUAUUGUAAAGAUGUAUUGGGAAUGUGAAAAAUUAGUAUAUGCUGGACAAUUGUCCUGUAAAUGUAGCUGGCGAAAUGGAAUUGUGGGUGUAUAGCUCAUUGCUGUCCAGAAUAAAGGUUGGAACUAUAAGUAUGAAAAGAGAUGUUCUGCUAUCUUUUGAGCUAAUCAGGGUCCGUAUGAAUUUAUCAGUAAGAAUCGUAGCUGUUUAGACUGGACAAUGUUUCCUCUCUGAAGUUUGAUUCUGUGUCAAUUAUUAUGCAUCAUAAUGUGCCAUGUUCUUUGUCCUUGUUAAAAAUUGUAGCUAUCAAAAAAUAAAAGAAUUCCACGUUGACUCA